AUGACGACCGUUGCAGCUUCGCAUCCAGAGUCAUCAACUCACCGCAAUCGAACAUUGACCACGUAUGGUUUAGCAAAGGAUCUAUCACAACCUUUCAAUGUCAAGAUAAAUUACAUGGAGUGCACAAAUCCUAGUCAUGUUCGACUAGCGACAGUUUCCGACAAGUUUGCCAACCCAACGGUAUUUCAAAAGUUAUCAAAUAUAUACCGAUACCUGGACUUGUACGUGACGGUUGAAGUAUACGAUGGCAAAGAUAACAAUUUGAUUGGUAUACCAAUCCAAACUCCUUACAAGGCAUUUAAUAACAAGAAACGAAUGUGGAAUCAAGUGUUGAAACUUCCCAUUGACGCGAAUCAAGUGUGGUACGACUCGUACUUGAAGUUCACCGUGCUGGAGAUUGUCAAUACAAAGCCUGUUGUUUUUGGAGUUGGGGUCCUUAGUUUGUUCAAUCACAAAUCGUCAACAUUGAGAAGUGGAUCGCACAAGGUUCCCAUAUACACGGAGCUCGAGGCAAGAAAUGAGCAAGAACGGUUGAAUUACGGGGAUCCUACGGGGUUGACUGCACUAGAGAAAGAUUUGAUUGACUAUGAAAACGGACAGUAUCCUCGAAUCAGUUGGCUUGAUAAGAUUGCAUUACCGAAGAUUGAUGUGACGCAAAAUCCAAAUCGCGACCAUGACUAUUACCUAUACGUUGAGCUUCCGCAGUAUGAAUUUCCGAUAGUGUAUUCAGACAUUACCUACAAUGUGCCAUCAUUGCAGCCGAGGAUAGAAGACAACGUACCACCCCUGACCAACAACACCACAAGUAAAGUGAUCAACUCAAUAGAUAUACCCAUGUCUACAUCACUGGAUCCUAAAGCGGCGAAAAUAUACGAUCCAGAUUUCCAAUUGACUGCGAAUUACGCGACCACCACCACUACCGCGACCACCACCACAACAACAGCAGCAGCAGCAGCAACGACGGCCACGGCCACCACCACGAAUGCCAAGCUUGCCAGCGCCAACUCCACCAAUACAGUUUUGGAUCCUAUCGAAUUGAAGUUCCAUAAGUUGGAAAGAAACGUCAACAACAACUCCAUCAUUGAUAAAGACUUGAAACCGUCACCACAACUACGAGAUGAGUUGCUCAAAAUCUUGUUGAAACCAUCCAAUACCGAGUUGACCGAUUUUGAAAAGAAUCUCAUGUGGAGGUUCCGGUAUUACUUCAGCAAGAAUAACAAUGCCAACGAUUCAACAUCCAAAGCAUCCAAGCUGUUUUUGCCCAAGUUUCUCAAAUCAAUCAAUUGGGAAAAUGAUUAUGAGUUGGAUCAUACAUUUAAGGAAAUCUUGCCGUUGUAUUGGAGUGUAGAGAAUUUGCAAAUUGGCGACGCGUUGGAAUUGUUGGGCAAGUUUUUCAAUCCGCAUGUCUUGGGGAAAUCACGGUACGUGGAGGAUAAGUUUGUGAAAAAGAAUAGUAAUGUCGAAAAUGGUGGAGGUGGCGGUGAUGAGUCUAAAUUGACGGAUGACGAGUUGCGAUUUCAAAAAGUGUUCGAUAAUGUUUUCUAUUUACGGAAGUUGGCGGUGGAAAGGUUGAAGUUGGCUAGUAGUGACGAGUUGUUGCUUUAUCUUUUGCAAUUGGUCCAAGCUUUGAAAUACGAGGCUUUGAUUUACGAGGAUGUUGUACAACGCGACCAUAAAGAUGCCCAGGUGCAAGCGGAUUUGGAUUGUAUGGAUCUACCACUUGCGAGGUUUCUCAUUGAACUGGCGGUUGAGAAUGAACAUUUGGGCAAUUUCUUUUACUGGUAUGUCAAGGUUGAAAAUGAGGAUCAAUUGAGUAAAGCUGAUGGAAGUGGUACCAAUAUCUAUGCUAUUAUUUUGAACAAGUAUAUUGAAUGCUUGAAAGUCUUUAGCCACGAGCACAAGUUACCUUACUUUAAGCAUCUCAAACGACAAAUUUGGUUCAUCAAAAAACUCACUCAUUUGGUGGAGUUGCUCCGGUCUACAUUCAAAAAGGGUGAGGCAACUGCGAAGAAAGUUGGAUUUCUCAGAGACUACUUAUCUUCAUCAACCAACGAACUCCUCAAGUUCCCAGAACCGUUCCCACUACCACUAGAUCCCUCAAUUAUGGUGUGUGGAUGUUAUCCCCAAGAAUCAUCAGUGUUUAAAUCGUCGCUUGCCCCCUUGAAAAUCACCUUAAAAACAAUCGACCUCAAACAUCGUAGUCGUCAAACAUCGCAAAUAUUUGGCAAAAGGUCAACCAAAAACAAGUAUGGCAAAUACCCAUUGAUGUUUAAAAUUGGUGAUGAUUUACGUCAAGAUCAAUUGGUCAUUCAGAUUAUCAACUUGAUGGAUCAAUUGUUGAAGAAUGAGAAUUUGGAUUUGAAAUUGACGCCGUACAAGAUUCUCGCCACUAGUCCUGUGGCGGGACUUAUUCAAUUUGUUCCUAAUGAGACUUUGGAUGAGGUUUUGUCAAAGUAUGCUCAGGUGGCACCACAAUUGACUAUUGGUGGAGGGGCUGCUGGGUCUGGGGCAGGGUCAGCUGCAAUAGCCAACACUUCUUCAGGUACUGUUGCUACAUCCGCAGGACAACUGGGAGCUACAGCAGCAGCAGCAGCACCUCCUUUUCCACCACUUCCACCUAAUGUUGCUUCUAAUGGGAUCCUCAACUAUCUUAGACUCCAUAGUCAAGAUCCAGACGUGGACCAACAAGCAAUUGAGCCCGUCUCCAAAAGCGUCUUGCACAGUUCAACCACAAGUGCAAACUCCCUCUCCACUCCACAAGAAUCUGCUCCACCAGAAUUACCACCACAACCCAAAGCUGCAAUUACUUCCGAUUUGGGAGUAUCUCCAAAACUUAUGGACAACUACGUCAAGUCAUGUGCCGGGUACUGCGUUAUCACCUACAUUCUCGGAGUCGGAGAUCGGCACUUGGACAACUUGUUACUAUCGCCCAAUGGUAAAUUCUGGCACGCUGAUUUCGGGUACAUCCUAGGCCGCGACCCCAAACCGUUCCCACCUUUGAUGAAGUUGCCCAUUCAAGUGAUUGAUGGAAUGGGAGGGAUGCAGCAUGAGAAUUUCCACAUUUUCCAAAACUAUUGUUUUAUAACGUAUACGACGUUGCGGAAAAACAGCCAGUUGAUCUUGAAUUUGUUUCAAUUAAUGGUUGAUGCAAAUAUUCCUGAUAUUAUCAAUGACCCCUUGCGGGUGGUUGACAAGGUUCAGGAUAAGUUUUGUUUGCAAAUGAGUGAGGAGGAGGCGAUUUUGCAUUUCCAGAAUUUGAUCAAUGAUAGUGUGAGUGCUUUCUUACCGGUCGUUAUUGAUCGGUUGCAUAGUUUGGCCCAGUAUUGGCGGGCUUGA